GGUGCUGGUGCGAGAGCUUCUCCCGCCACCCGGCCUCCCCUUGCUCCCUUCUCCGAGCCCUUUUCGCGCUUGGGGCGGGAAGGAGCCCGGCAUGGAGGCGGUCCUGCUGGAGCACUUCCCCGCCGGCCUCGACUCGUUCUCCUCAGAGCCCUACUUCGAGGACGAGGAGUUCUUCACGGACCAGUCCUCCCACGACCCCCUGGAAGGCGACGAGCUCCUGGACGGCGAGGUGGACUUCUUGGCCCCGCAGUUCCACGACUGUUACCGCGGCGACGGGGCCGGCGUCGGCUCCGGGCCGGGCCUCGGGGGUCAGCCGGAGGGCGCGUCCUGCUGCGAGGCGCUCAGGCAGGCGGCCAACGUGCGCGAGCGGCGGCGGAUGCAGUCCAUCAACGACGCCUUCGAGGGCUUGCGCUCGCACAUCCCCACGCUGCCCUACGAGAAGCGCCUCUCCAAAGUGGACACGCUGCGCCUGGCCAUCGGCUACAUCAACUUCCUCAGCGAGCUGGUCCAGUCCGACCUGCCCCUGCGCAACCCCGGCGGCCAGAGCCCCUGUCAGCCCAAGAAGGUCAUCAUCUGCCACCGGGGCACAAGAUCACCUUCUCCAAGCGAUCCAGAUUAUGGACUGCCUCCACUAGCUGGGCAUUCUCUUUCUUGGACUGAUGAAAAACAACUCAAGGAACAAAACAUUAUUAGAACUGCUAAAGUGUGGACUCCAGAAGACCCCAGAAAGCUAACCAACAAACCUUCUCUAAACAACAUAGAAAAUGAACCACCAUUUGACUUCAUAUCAUGAGAUGUGACUGUACAUACCAGCCUUUAUAUCAUUGUAUAUUUGUUCUUAAGAACGUGUGUUUUUCAAAUGUACUUUGAAAUGAAAAAAAAUGUAUUCUA